CUUGCUAGCUCAUAGCUAUUUUCCUCCUCCUUCUUCUUCGCUAAAAUUCAUGAAACUUUUGAAGGCAUAAAUCUUAAAUUUUAUCAAAAUUCCAAACCUUUUUGUUCUAAAGAAUCUUAAAAUCUUGAUCAUGUUUAGUAGCUCAGAGCCAAUUUCUAGAGAAAUGGAUAACUUGAAUAGCUUCUUGUUUUCCGAUGGUGGUGGUGGUGGUGGUGGUGGUGGUGGUUCUUCAAGCUUCAAAAAUGUUGAAGCAGUUGAAUCUGAGUUCUUGAGGAGCAAAGAAAUGAUGGGUUCUGAUUUUUUUCACCAACAGUCACAGUUUCAGCGGAGUAAUUCCGGUGGGCUAACGCGGUACAGGUCAGCUCCAAGCUCGUUUUUCGACGGAAUUCUUGACGGAGACGGGAAUAAUUCCGGUGAAAAUUUCAUUAACCAUGAUGGGUCUUCGAGUUCUGAUUCGGAUUCCAAGUUCACCGCCUUAUUGAACAACGACACCACCAACAAUGGUACGAUUUCUGGUACUCGAGAUCUGACUGAUCAGAACCAGAAGAAUCAGCUGCAGUUUGCUUCUUCUUUGAAGCAGGAGAUUGAAUUUGGGAAUGAAAAUGGUGUACAAAAUCGAUAUGAGAAUGUUGGAGUUUCUUAUGGUGUAGGGGUGCAAAUGCAAACUAGAGGGAAUUUGAGUAAUGGAAAUGGUGGCUCUAAUCUCAUCAGACAAAGCAGUUCACCAGCUGGAUUCUUCAAUGGAUUUAUGAGAGAAGUUGGGAAUUUUGGAGCAAGUGUAGGGACUAACAGGGAAGCAAGUACAUCAACUAAUGGUUUCAGCAAUCGUAUAAGUUACUCAACUGCUCAAUCAUCUAGCUCAAACUUCAUGCCUAGCAUUGCUGAGAAUGAAUCUUGGAACGAUUCUUCGUUCAAUUCUUUGAAGAGAAAUCGAGAUGGUGAUUUAAAAAUGUUCUCUAAUAAUUUCAGUGGAAUGACUAAUCAGAAUGAUGAAUCAAGAAACUACACUUCUUCUGGUUUAACUCACCAUCUAAGCUUGCCUAAGACAUCUUCUGAGAUGGCUGCUGUAGAAAAAUACUUGCAGUUUCAACAAGAUACAGUGCCUUGCAAAAUACGUGCCAAAAGAGGCUGUGCUACGCACCCGCGAAGUAUUGCAGAGAGGAUGAGACGGACUCGGAUUAGUGAAAGGAUGAAAAAACUGCAAGAUCUUUUCCCAAAUAUGGACAAGCAAACAAACACAGCUGAUAUGUUAGAUUUGGCAGUUGAUUACAUUAAAGACCUUCAGAAACAAGUCCAGACACUGACCGAUAAAAAGGCGAAAUGCACAUGUACAAGUAAGCAGCUGCAAUAUUCAAAUGGAACAACAUGAAAUUGUCUUCUGUACAGAUAGUAAUAGGUGAAGUUAGAUGUGGAUAGUGCAAAAGAGAGUAAAACUGUUUUACUCUCUUUCUGCCCUAAUAUACUGGAAAUAUUGUUUACUUGUUUCAUUAGCAAUAAAGCAAGUGUAGUUUUCAAUGUAUUAUUGAGUUUGAGUAGAUCUAAUAACAGUCUAGUGGGCACAAUCUAGAUGUAUAGUAGAUCACAUGAUUAUUGUAUUAUGCUGUUGUUUGUUGUUUAUUAGUAUUUAACUAUGUUAGUUUAGAGAUCCAAGAA